AUGAUGAGAUCACUUUGUUACUCACUGCUGGGGACGAAGCUGGCCAUUGAAGACGCCGACUACGCUGCUAGCAAAAUGUCUGUGGAUGUGUCUGAUCGGGGUUGCGAUAUUGGAAGAGAAUAUAGCAACCGUGUCAGAGGACACAGUGAAGGUUAUGCUAUUCAAAAUUGUUUCAAAGUUAUGACAAAAUCACACAACCAGCUCAGAGCCGCGAAGGCCGAAUACGAUCAAACCAGGGGCUGA